AUGUCGUCAAGGGGCUUUCAGGGUAGUUAUUACAGAAAACCUAGAGGUCGAGGACCAUAUAGAGGUUUUAGAGGUAGCCGGAGACCAUAUGGUCGUAGUUUUGCUGACAACAGUCGCAGUUAUGAUACUAAUACAAGAAGUUGGAAGCGAGAUACGCCGGCUAAAGUACUGACUGAAAAAGACAUAGGUGUGACUGAAUAUAUAAGCAAACAUGAGGGAUUCAAUGGGAUCAUUAAAUCUAGAUUUUCAGAUUUCCAAGUUUCAGAAAUUAAUGAAAAAGGGGAAAUAGCAAAAUUGACAGAUACCUCAGUUCCGGAGCCACCUGAUGAUGGACAAGUGGUGGAGGAUGAGGAUCUGCUUCUUAACAAGUAUAAUUUGGAAAUUUUGCCUAUGGAAACUUGGGACAAGAUCAAUGAUCUGACACUAAGCAAUGGACCAGUUUUUGAAACAGUAAAAGUAGAUGUAACAGGCAAGUCUAAGGAGGAACGCACAAAGAUACAUGAUGCUGUGAAAAAGGCAUUUGGGGACAGCAUAGUGGGCAGCACUGUGACUGAGGAUGAUAAGAAGUAUUGCACCUUUGAAAAAUAUAGGAAAGGAGUUCGUAUUGACAAUCGUGUUAAAUGGUUGUGGCCGGGAGAAUAUGUACAGUUCAUAGUUUACAAAGAAAACUGUGACACAAUGGAGGCUGCCUCUCGCAUUAUCAAGAGUCUAAGAUUGAAUUCCAGCGCAAAGACGGGCGUUAUCGGGUACGCGGGCACGAAGGACCGCCGAGCGAAGACCUCGCAGUGGUUCAGCCUGCGGAAGGUGGAUCCUCGGAAGGUGGCGGCGGCCUGUCGCUCCCUACAGGACAUCACCGUGGGGAACUUCACCUUCAGCGAUGUGCAUCUCAGGCUGGGCAUGCUGAAGGGCAAUAGGUUCCGAAUAUGUUUGCGCAACGUAACAGCAUCGGACGAGGUCAUAGACAAGUGCUGCUCCCUGCUGAGAGAGAACGGCUUCAUCAACUACUACGGCCUGCAACGGUUCGGAUCCCGCAUCAGCGUGCCCACCUGGCAGAUCGGGUUGCAUCUGCUUAAGAAUAACUUAGAAGCGGCUGUCAAUUGCAUCCUGAAGCCCCGGCCCGGGCCCCUGGAAGAGGCCCUCGUGCAGUACGAGACGUGGGGGGCCAAGGCGGCGGCGUCCAAGCUGCCCUAUCGCCUGGACCACGCGGUGGCCGAGGGGAGGCUCAUCGCGGAGCUGGCUCAUCACCCGAAGGAUUUCGCCAAAGCGUUGGAUAAGGUUCCGCGGAACACGCGUCUGCUCUACGUGCACUCGUACCAAUCUCUGAUCUGGAACAAAGUGGUUUCGCGGAGAUUGCAGACUCUCGGUCCCACGCCCCAGGUUGGGGAUCUCGUCUCCGAGGACAGCGUGGAGGAAGAGCCGUUAGAAAUAGAAGACGAGGCCCCGGAGGAGGAAAGCGAAGAAAAACAAACAAAACAAGAUGCACCGAAAAAAUUGUCGAAAGUGAAGAUUCUAACUCAAGAAGACAAAGACAGUGGAAAAUAUAGUAUAUUCGACAUAGUUCUGCCGCUUCCGGGACAUAGUGUGGUGUAUUCGCCGAACAUGAAGGAUUACUACGAGGAGCUGCUGAAGGCCGACGGCCUCGACCUGGAGAUGAAGAAUAGCAAUAAGUCGUACAGCGUGUGCGGCGGAUAUCGCAACGCGGUGGUGCGAGCGAAGGAGGUGAGCUGGCGCAGCCUCAGGUACUCUGAGCCUCUCGAGGACCUCUUGCUCUCCGACCUGGACCUCCUGAAGGGACGCCCUGCGCCCGCGCACGUCCACGAUGGCAAAUACAAAGCGCUCCUCGUGGACAUGACGCUGCCGACCAGCUGCUACGCCACCAUGGCCCUGCGAGAGCUGCUCCGCGUCGACACCUCGUCGGAGACUCAGGCCCAGCAAAACGACUACCACAAAUCUGACAGUGUCAAAAAAGACGCGAAUGACAUUAGUGACGUUGCUGACGAGAGUGACGUUAAUGAAGAUGGAGUCGGCGCGGAGAAGAGGAAACGUGAAGGAAGUGACGAUGAAGAUGUUAAAAAAGCGAAAUUAUAA